AUGGACUCGAGUCGCUUAUCACCGACGUCACCGUUAACGCCAGACCGCUCCUGGUCCCAUCCUUGCUCUGUAAAAGAUGCCUCCCCUUUCGACCUGUCUGCGCCAUCCCAUUCGCAUGAAACGCCAUUGCAGAAUGAGAACAGCCCCGUCAACCCCGAAUCCACCAAUUUCGAUCAUCACGUGUCAAACGCUUUUCAUUCUACUUCGUCAGAAAAAUCCCAGGAGUUUCGCGCCGCCGCGAAAGCCUCGGCAAUCUCAAGGUUAUGGGGCGGCGCCGGCGCGGCAGCCACUGCUCUGCCAGCAUGCGGCCGGCAGGGAUGUGGAGUUGACGGACCGGCAGCUAUUAGCCGGCCGUUGACCGGCGACGAGGAGCUGUGGUGGCGCGCAAUGCAUGGCGGCACUGGCGUCUGUGUUGUGGGGUUGCAAAUCUCCGGCCACGUCAGCAUCGACGAGGUUCGGGCAGCCAUCGAAACUCUGUCUGCCCGGCACCCCGUCCUGUCCGCCCGGAUAAUCAAGCCGCCCAAGUCCCACCAGCCCGAGCUCCACGUGUGCCGACCUCCCCAACCAAUCACCGUGCGCGAAUGUGACACUGCUGACGUGGCAACGGCGGACGAGUCAGAUUGUCAGAAUGGAAUGUUGCAUCGUGUGGUCGAAUCGGAGCUAAACACGCCCAUGGUCGACGGUCGGGAUCAUCCUGGGGCUACGAAUAAUAGAGAUAAGGGCGAGGCGUCUGUUGACGUGUUCCAGAUCCACGUGUACGCAUCCCAUUCGUCCACGCUCGUCGCGCUCCGCUCGCACAUCGCCGCGCUGGACGAGCAUUCGGCGCCGCCCAUCGCGGCGGAAUUCUUGGAAGAACUGCGACGUGUGAAGAAGCAUCUGAACCGCGACUCGUCAUCCUCCCCAUCCUCCCCUUCCUGCUCUUCCCCUACCUCCUCUCCUUCCUCUUCCCCAUCUCCCUCCUCCUCCUCCUUCUCGUCCUCUGAAGAUCAGACCGCCGCACCUUCCCUUCCUCCUCCCCUCGCUGCGCUCCUCCCCAAGGCCCUCUCCGCUAAAAGCUCAUCCGUUAAAGGCACCUUCGCGCAAGCCUUCAACGCCGUGGGUUACGUGCGCAACGCCCUCAUUUCCUCGCACCUUCCUUUCGAGCCCGGGCGAGCUGACUCGAGGAAGAAUUCGUUUACGACGCGAUUCGCUACAGUCACAUUCACUAAGGAGGAAACGUCCGCCCUUCUGGCCGCAGCGGAGUCGCACGGGUGCUCCCUGUUCUCCCUGGAGUGCGCAGCAGGGCUCAAAGCUGCCGCCCGGAUGAAGCAACUGGGCGGCAGAACUGAAGUUUUCAGCCUGGGAAGUGCCAUUGGCUGCCGCACCAUUCUCGGCUCGCUCCAUCCCCAGACCGCCUUGCUUGAGAAACAUGUCUAUGCUGCUUCUCAAAUGAAAUCUUGCAAUUUGUUUCCCUUACGUUUUCCCCACCCUUUCCCCCCUUCCUCCCAACUAUUCCCUCCCCACCCUCCCCCCUCCAGCGCCAUUGGUUGCCGCACCAUUCUCGACCCGCCCCUUCCCCAGACCGCCUUGGGCGAGUACAUGUCAAUGCUGCCUCUCAAGCAGGAGGUUUCCGAGAAGCUGCCCUUCUGGGACGUUGCCACGUCAAUCAGCGCCCAUGCUGAGUCAGCGCUGCAGCGCCAGCAGCAGUUCACAGACAUGCCAGUUCUCGAGCUGCUCUUCUCCACGGUACGUGGGGAUUCACGGGUUACAACAGGGAGAAUCCACUUGUUCAUAGUAACAGUGCUCUGCUGGUGCGAGUCAGCCCUGCAGCAGUAG